UGGCGUGAUCUUUUCACUUUAGAUCUUCUGAUAUACCGAGGAAGAGAGAGCGUGCGCGCGGCCUAGUAAUAGAAAGCUCAUUCAAGUUACACCCGGCAAAGUGUUUCUACACUUCUCUUAGAAAUGGGCCAUAAUAUUCCUCACAAAGAUAAAAACCCGAGCCCUCGAUCAAUGGGACGCCAAUCGGGCACGGAGAUGUACAUAAAUCCGACUUAUUUAGAGUACAGAGCGUGGUUAAACGACCAGGAUUCGGACAGAGUCAGCCUUCCAAGCGCCUCCGAGCUUCACAUAGACGGCUUGUGUAGAAUGACCGAGGAUACUAUUUCAAUGACGAAAUCUGAUGUUGGAUCGCUGCAACGAAAAUCCCGGUCAAGGAACAAGGCAGUGUUUUUUAACGCUUUGGUAUUUUUAUUCUCAUUCUCGUCCAUGGUAGUCACGGCGCUGUUCCUAUUUGGGGAAAUCAGUUCUCCCUCGUGCGGAUGCGGCGUCCAAAAAGAUACAAGAGGAGAUAACAGAGCAGCGAGUAUGCAAAAGUCUAGGGAGAGCCAAGAGUAUGUGAACAGAAUCCUGGCGCAGCUACAAGACAAUCUAACAGGGCUGACGGGAAUGGUGAAUAAUCAAAAAGUGGAGCUAGAGAAAAUGAGGGCUUCGCUCUCGUCUCUGAAGGAAAAAUCCUCAGAGCACGCAGACCUCACGGAGCAGCUAGAAAAAAACACAGGGCGAAUAAACGAAGUGUCAGCAGAUCUCAGAAUUGUAAAAUCAGAGAUGAGUCUGGAGAAGACAUAUCUCCGAUCAACGACGGCCAAAAUUUGGUCAAGUGUGGAAUAUCUUAACGCCAGUUGCACCUCGCAGCUGAAGCAAACUCGUUACUAUGACAAUGCUGUCUACUCGGCGGUCAAAGAAAUGAACGAAACCUUUAAUAAAAAGGUGGAUAACAACCUUCAGGUGAUUCAUGAAAUUAAGGUUUCCCUGAAUACCACCAAGCAGGACAUGGAGGCUCAGAAGGCGACCAUGAGGACAGCGGUAGCACAAAUAUGGACAGGAUUUAAAUCGUUAAACCAAACGGCCGUUAAUCAUCAACAUCAGAUGCAAACCAUUGACGCUACGCUACAUGGUGACGUCAUGACCCUCAAUCAAACCUUCACACACAAAGCCAAUUCCUUGCUAGAGACGAUUUGGGCAGCUCUGAAGACAACAAGCGAGAAUCUACAAACAACGUUUGACGCAAAAAUGAAAUGGGCUCUUAAUCAGACAAAAAUGGCGUUCGAAGCAUCGAUGUCAGACCUCAAAGAAGAUGUACAAAAAGUCAACGACAGCUUUACCACCAAGGUGUCGCUUCAAGAACUGUUCCUUCUGAAUCUCUCAAACGUGCAGAACCAGACCAAGCAUCGUGUAGACGACAUGGACAGCUUCCUCGCUAGCAAGAUAUCGGAGAUGAACAGCAUGAUUCAGACUUUCUGGUUGAAGCUCAAAUCCUCUACAGAGCAGCUGCAGCAAACAUUUGAUGGCAAACUACACUGGGCGCUCAACCAGACAAGGAGUGCACUAAAUGUAUCCAUGACUAAAAUGAUGGGUGAAGUACAAGAUGCGAAUAGCAAAAUUGCAGUGAAGGUAUCCAUGCAAUCUUUGGCACUGCAGAACUUGAGGAAUUCCCAGCUACAGUCAAAACAAGAACUUACCAAGAUAAACAGUUCAGUAAAGGAAUCCUUCCAUGAGAUGCACACCGAUUUUCAAGGGCUAAACGCAAGCUGUAGUUUACUUGGCACAACAGUAAGGAGAAUUGGGCACUCUAUCACUACAAAGGUUAACAACACAGCAAGGAAGUGUAGUGAUUCAACUAAAAAUCUAUACGAGACCAUCUCAAAUUUGAAUGGAACCUUAACACUAAGGAUUAAUAAUAUCAGCAAAUUACAAGGACCACCUGGUCCCCCCGGAUCCAGAGGCCCCCCUGGCAUUACAGAGCGUGCAAACUCCAGCAUACCGUGCAAAUACAUGAGUAACUCUAUAAAGGUCAAUGCAGGGAUGAAUACUGAUGUCGUGGCCAUAGAAAAAGUGGCGAGUAACAAGAAAAUCGUAUCGCCCUACUGCACAAGUGACAUAGCCCGCGUUAUCACCCUCAGUGAAAUAUCAAUACCUAACAGUCGGGUAUUCAAGUGUGACUGCGUGGGAAAGGCCCCAAAUGCACCGACCUCCGCCUUACUGAUGACAUGCUACAUACAUUACUACGAGUGCCCACUGGUGAUCACGUGAAUGGAAAGAACCAAUCAGCGAUCUUGUGUGUUUAGAUCAGCGGAUAGACGUGUAUAUUGUAGGAAUUAUCUAUAGGUUUCAUCCUUUCCACCUUGUAAAAAAUAUAUGAUUGAUGUUGAAAGAAAGCUGUUUUUCGAGAUGGAAAGAGAUAGGUAAUAGUUAGCGUUACGUGCAAAUAGCGACAGCACUGAUAAGGAAAACAGACUAAAGCUCGGCUCAGCAAUGCUGGACUGUUUAUACACGUUGGAGGUAGUUCUUUUUAUUGAAUUUGGUAAAUAAAGUAUUGAAUUUUGAUUUUAGAUGGCUAUUUCGAGAUUUAAGCUCAUUAUGUGCCCUCCAAUAUGAAAUGAAAACAACAGCAAAGGUCUGGCUGACAAGGGCGCUUUAAAUGUGAGACUUUUACUAAUGUAUUUUGAAUAUCGUCCUAUAGAUUUGUGGUAUUUUAAACUGUUAGAAGGGGGUCAUAGGUAUAUUUAUUUAGUUUUAUAUUUUAAAAAUAAAUCUUUGUAAACAUUGGAAUUAACUAAAAAAACACUGAUUUAUUCAGCGAGGGGGAAAAUAUUAUAUAUUUCUGGGAAAUACAAAGUAGUUCUCAACAGAAAAGAAAGUAUUAAUCAUUUAUCGUUUUCUUAUUUCUGAUUAUAGAUAUUAUUAUUAUUGUACAUAAGUUACGGACAAGAAAUGUUUUUCUUUUUCUUUAAAUAAAAUAAAAUAAAUGUCAACAUCCUUAUCAAAGCAACAAA